AAUAAUCUCCGCUCCCAGACUACUCCGUUCCUCCGGAUUUCGAUCCCCCUUUUUCUAUCUGUCAAUCAGCGCCGCCUUUGAACUGAAAAGCUCUCAGUCUAACUUCAACUCACUCAAAUCCGAGCGGCACGAGCUCCUCCUGUAUCUUCGGCUUCCCCCCCCUUUGCUCUUUAUAUCUGACUUCUUGUUGUUGGUGGUGUGUUUUUUUACCCCCCUUUUUUAUUUAUUAUUUUUUUGCACAUUGAUCGGAUCCUUGGGAACGAGAGAAAAAAGAAACCCAAACUCACGCGUGCAGAAGAUCUCCCCCCCCUUCCCCUCCCCUCCUCCCUCUUUCCCCUCCCCAGGAGAAAAAGACCCCAAAGCAGAAAAAAAAGUUCACCUUGGACUCGUCUUUUUCUUGCAAUAAUUUUUUUCGGGGGGGGCAAAACUUUUUGGGGGUAUUUUUUUUUUUUGGCUUUUCUUCCUCCUUCAUUUUUCUUCCAAAAUUGCUGCUGGUGGGUGAAAAAAAUGCCGCAGCUGAACGGCGGUGGAGGAGAUGACCUAGGCGCCAACGACGAACUGAUUUCCUUCAAAGACGAGGGCGAGCAGGAGGAGAAGAGCUCCGAAAACUCCUCGGCAGAGAGGGAUUUAGCUGAUGUCAAAUCGUCUCUAGUCAAUGAAUCAGAAACGAAUCAAAACAGCUCCUCCGAUUCCGAGGCGGAAAGACGGCCUCCGCCUCGCUCCGAAAGUUUCCGAGAUAAAUCCCGGGAAAGUUUGGAAGAAGCGGCCAAGAGGCAAGAUGGAGGGCUCUUUAAGGGGCCACCGUAUCCCGGCUACCCCUUCAUCAUGAUCCCCGACCUGACGAGCCCCUACCUCCCCAACGGAUCGCUCUCGCCCACCGCCCGAACCCUCCAUUUUCAGUCCGGGAGCACACAUUACUCUGCGUACAAAACGAUUGAACACCAGAUUGCAAUUCAGUAUCUCCAGAUGAAAUGGCCACUGCUUGAUGUCCAGGCGGGGACCCUCCAGAGCAGACAAGCUCUCAAGGAUGCCCGUUCUCCGUCGCCCGCACACAUUGUUCAGUGCCCCCUCCCUUGCUGCACUCAGGGACAUGACUGUCAGCACUUCUACCCCCCCUCAGACUUCACUGUCAGCACUCAAGUCUUCAGGGACAUGAAAAGGAGCCACUCCUUACAAAAAGUUGGGGAGCCCUGGUGUUUGGAGUCGAACAAAGUGCCGGUUGUGCAGCACCCUCACCAUGUCCACCCUCUUACGCCUCUUAUCACGUACAGCAAUGAACACUUCACCCCGGGAAACCCACCUCCACACUUACCAGCUGAUGUAGACCCCAAAACAGGAAUCCCACGGCCUCCGCACCCUCCAGACAUAUCUCCAUACUACCCACUCUCGCCCGGCACCGUAGGACAAAUCCCCCAUCCGCUAGGAUGGUUAGUACCACAGCAAGGUCAGCCAGUGUACCCAAUCACGACAGGAGGAUUCCGUCACCCCUACCCCACGGCUCUGACCGUCAACGCUUCCAUGUCCAGCUUUCUGUCUUCCAGGUUCCCUCCCCAUAUGGUCCCACCACAUCAUACUCUACACACGACUGGCAUUCCCCACCCGGCCAUAGUCACGCCAACAGUCAAACAGGAAUCCUCCCAGAGUGACGUCGGCUCACUCCAUAGCUCAAAGCAUCAGGACUCCAAAAAGGAAGAAGAAAAGAAGAAGCCCCACAUAAAGAAACCUCUGAACGCAUUCAUGUUGUAUAUGAAGGAAAUGAGAGCAAAGGUCGUAGCCGAGUGCACGUUGAAGGAAAGUGCGGCCAUCAACCAGAUCCUGGGGCGAAGGUGGCAUGCACUGUCCAGAGAAGAGCAAGCGAAAUACUACGAGCUGGCCCGGAAGGAGCGACAGCUUCACAUGCAGCUGUACCCUGGCUGGUCUGCACGGGAUAACUAUGGCAAGAAGAAGAAGAGGAAAAGGGAUAAGCAGCCCGGAGAGACCAAUGAACACAGCGAAUGUUUCCUAAAUCCUUGCCUUUCACUUCCUCCGAUUACAGACCUGAGCGCUCCUAAGAAAUGCCGAGCGCGCUUUGGCCUUGAUCAACAGAAUAACUGGUGCGGCCCUUGCAGGAGAAAAAAAAAGUGCGUUCGCUACAUACAAGGUGAAGGCAGCUGCGUCAGUCCGCCCUCUUCAGAUGGAAGCUUACUAGACUCGCCUCCUCCCUCCCCGCCCCUGCUAGGCUCCCCUCCCCAGGAUGCCAAGUCACAGACUGAGCAGACCCAACCUCUCUCGCUCUCCCUGAAGCCCGACCCCCUGGCCCACCUGUCCAUGAUGCCUCCGCCGCCCGCCCUCCUGCUUGCCGAGCCCGCCCACGGCAAGGCCCCCGCCCUCUGUCCCAACGGGGCCCUGGACCUGCCUCCCGCCACUCUGCAGCCGCCCAUCAUGUCCUCCUCGUCGAUUGCACAGCCGUCAACAUCUUCCUUACAUUCCCACAGCUCUCUGGCUGGGACCCACCCCCAGCCCCUGUCCCUCGUAACCAAGUCUUUAGAAUAGCUUUAGCUUCUGAGCCCCGCUUGGUUUGUGGAGUGUUGCGUUUGGCUUUUCUUUCUUGUCCCCUGUUCGAAAGGUUUCGUUUUGUACUCUUUUAAUUUUGUGCCACGUGGCUACAUUAGUUGAUGUUUAUCGAGUUCAUUGGUCAAUAUUUGACCCAUUCUUAUUUCAAUUCCUCCUUUUAAAUAUGUAGAUGAGAGAAGAACCUCAUGAUUCUACCAAAAUUUUUAUCAACAGCUGUUUAAAGUCUUUGUAGCGUUUAAAAUAUAUAUAUAUAUACAUAACUGUUAUGUAGUUCGAAUAGCUUAGUUUUAAAAGACUGAUUCAAAAACAAAAAGAAAAAAAAAAAGCGAUUUUGAAGCAGCCCUCCAGAAGGAGUUGGUUCUGUAUUAUUUGUAUUAAAUACGAGCUUGCGAACCAAUCAUUUUACAUCUGGUUUUUAAACCAUAAUAAGGGCACGAGGAAUGUAGUGCCAUGACUUUCUCUGUUUUUUUUUUCCUGUGUGAAACAACUUUUAUUGUGAUAUUACUUGUUAUUGUUUAAAUGUACAGAAACAAAGGGUUAAAAUGUGUUAAUAUACCUUGUUCCAUGGUGUUGUUCUUUUGGGGGGAGGGAAUGCUACUCAACAAUUAAUGGAAUCACAACGCUGUUGGACCAGUAGUAUUUAUUGCUUUAGAGAUUGCUUGUCGAACCUGUACGUCGUCCCUUUUAAAAUAUGUUUUCCUUUUUCUUGAAACUGUAUAAAGUUUUUUUCCCCUUAGCAUAAGCAUCUUAUAUAUAACAACUCAUUUGUACAAGGUUUUUAAGUUUAUAUAUAAAAUGUAUAUAUAUUUUUUGGUUUCCCUUUGUGACUUUUUUUUUUUUUUUUUGCUGUAUGAAACCCAGACGCCACCAAAUGGACAUUAAUAGUUGCAUUCAAGGAUCAGUAGCAUUAACAAAAGUUGCUUUAAAAGCCAUUAUGUAAAACAAGACUUGAAAAUUGGUGAGGGAAUCUUAGCGACGCUGUAUGCGCGACAGUGGGAACCAUCCUGUCUCCUCUUGGGACUCACAGUCGAAUGCCCUGCACCCUUGGGACAUGGACUGACUGUGUGCAAAACUUUAUGUGCCAAAAUUCUCAAUGACUUUAGCUUUCUCCCUCUUUUUGAUGCUGUAAUUUUUGUUCAUCAUGUUUUGCUGUGAUGUUACAUAGGUAGAUUUGUAUGUAGUUUUAAUGUCACCUAUAACAAGAUGUGUUUGGUAGCAGAUUGUCCAGAAAGCAUUUUAAAUGAAGAGGUAUAAACCCUUAAGGGCCAAAAUUCUGUAUAUUAGAUUACUCUUAAAGGAAAAACCAGCUGCCGCUUUUAUGUACAUGUAUGACAUACAAGUAGGUAGCAGACUUUAAAAAUAAAAAAAACCUAGGCAUGUUGAUGUUGCAAAAUGCUGUAUAAAGCUGAGACCCGUUCCUUCAGUGCCAUUGUAGUUGACAUGAAGCGAUUGUAAAACUGUCUCCGAUUUUUCUCUGGUUUAUUAAAAUGCUAACUAUAACAUUUUUUGUGAAUACUUUGAAUGUUUCCUAACAGUUGUGAUGUUACUGUUCCGUUUUAUGCUCUUAUUCCAAUUUCAUUUUUAAUGGUUUGGAAGCCAUUUUUGUAAUGAAUAAAUGUUCAUGCUGUACAGUAUCUGUAGCAUGCCGUUCUGGAUUAAUAAAAGCAACUUAGUAUGUGCAGACAAA